AUGCGGGUGGUGCCGGCCUGGGCGCCAACCCAACAAGGGCCCAGGGGCCAGCCGAGCCCGACCACCCUGCCCCCGCCUCUCCAGCCUCCCCUGCACCUGCCCUGCUCCCCCGACCCUGUGCCCCACCCUCCACCCUCCACCUGUGCCCCACCCUCCACCCUGUGCCCCACCCCCGCCCCCCGCAGCGUGGUGUUCACCGGAGAGGAGGGCGUGGAUGCGGGGGGCGUGACGCGGGAGUGGUACCAGGUGAUGAGCCGGGAGAUGUUCAACCCGCAGUUCUCGCUGUUCCAGCCGGUGCCCGAGGGAGGCACCACCUUCCAGCCCAACCCCAACUCCAUCAUCCAAAACGACGAGGCGCGCGGCACCAACCAUCUCGACUUCUUCAAGUUUGUGGGCCGCGUGGUGGCCAAGGCCCUGUACGACGGCCAGCUGGUGGACGCCCACUUCACCCGCUCCUUCUACAAGCACGUGCUGGGGCAGGCGCUGACGUACGAGGACAUCGAGGCGGUGGACCCAGACUUCUACCGCACACUCAGGUGGAUGCUGGAGAACGACAUCACCGACGUGCUGGACCUGACCUUUGCCGAGGAGACCGACUACUUUGGGAGGAAGAGCGUGGUGGAGCUCAGGGCGGGGGGCAAGGACAUCAAGGUCACGAACGACAACAAGCGGGAGUACGUGAACCUGGUGGCGCGCCACCGCAUGACCACCGCCAUCCGCCCCCAGAUCGACGCCUUCCUCAGUGGCUUCUGGGAGAUGGUGCCGCGCAAGCUCAUCAGCAUCUUCAACGACCACGAGCUGGAGCUGCUGAUCAGCGGGCUGCCGGAGAUCGAUGUGGACGACCUGCGGGGGAACACAGAGUACUCGGGCUUCACGGCGGCCAGCCCCGUGGUUCAGUGGUUCUGGGAGCUGGUUCGGGAGAUGGACAAACAGGACCUGGCGCUGCUGGUGCAGUUUGUGACGGGCACCUCCAAGGUGCCGCUGGACGGGUUCAAGGCGCUGCAAGGGGUGCAUGGCCCCCAGAAGUUCCAGAUACACAAGGCCUACGGCCCCACCGAGCGCCUGCCCUCGGCCCACACCUGCUUCAACCAGCUGGACCUGAUUGAGUAUGAGAGCAAGGGGCAGCUGAGGGAGCGCCUCCUCACUGCCAUCCACGAGGGCUCCGAGGGCUUUGGCUUU